CAUCAGGAGGUUAGUCUCCCAGCUUUACUACAACAGUAUUAAUGCUGCCGAUUACUUUUAACAUUUUGAAGUGCCUGCUCGUCGUCUUGUCAGUCUCUCAUGUCGCCCCACCCCAGCCGGCUGAAGGCGCUCCCUGGUGGUCUUAGCUUGUGACUCCAGGAAAACGCCUCCUCCUAGUGGAAGAUCAUAAAGAUGGGUGGGGGGUGUCAGCUAUAGCGCAGGAGGGACGUGGGUUAUAUUUUUCUAAAGGCGCUCGCUGAUGUCUUUGCGUGUGUGUUGGAGCUGGAGCUUGUUGGGUGCAGAUGCUGCUUUGAUGUUGACUGAGCGGUGCUGGACGCCGGGCUGCUGCUGCUGCUGACGGGCCGACAAUAUCAAACAUCCCCCUUGUAUCGCGGAUGGAGCCAAAGGCUGGAAGACCUGAAAGACGGUGAAUCUGCGGGUGGUGGUGGUGGGCGGGAGGGCAGGGGGUGAAGGAGAGCGUCAAGCCAGUUUGUUCCAGUGUGAAAGCGGCGACGACAUGUUCUGAGCCCGGGGAGCGUCGGCGGCGUCUGGCGGGAUGAAGGUGCCGCGGAGACCGAGGCAGACGCGCCUCCUCCCGCGGUUCUGCGUCUGUGGAGUCGCUGUGCUCGCAGCCACCUGGAUCUUUCACUUCACUGAUGUCACAGGGUCCCAUAGACCAACUGUGGACAAUGACAUCUCCUUGUAUAAGAGAGAGAUCAUCCAGCAAAAAGAAGACAACCAGACUGACAGUAUUUCUAAAUCUGCUGUCAUGGAUUUUCCUGAAGACAUCUUUACUCUGGAGCAGAAGAGACACGGAGCUGUGCUCCUUCACGUUCUCUGCGCUGUCUACAUGUUUCAUGCGCUGGCCAUCGUGUGUGACGUUUACUUUGUGCCAUCACUGGAAAAAAUAUCAGAGAACCUUCAGCUCAGUCAGGAUGUUGCCGGGGCAACCUUCAUGGCAGCGGGGAGUUCUGCCCCUGAGCUCUUCACCUCUUUGAUUGGGGUGUUUAUCACGAAGGGAGAUGUGGGUGUGGGAACUAUCGUGGGAUCAGCCGUCUUUAACGUCCUGGUCAUCAUUGGCAUCUGUGGAAUCUUCUCCAGACAGCCCAUCACUCUGAGCUGGUGGCCUUUGUUUCGUGAUGCUGUCUUCUACAUCCUUUCCAUAGUGGUGCUUAUCCUGGUGAUCUAUGAUGAAAAAGUCAUGUGGUGGGAGACCAUCAUCCUGAUCUCUAUGUACGGAGUCUACAUAAUAAUCAUGAAGUUCAACAGAUCUCUGUACAGCCUGGUCGAGAGACACUGCAGCAGGGCAGGUCAGCCGUGUCUGAGCAGCCUGCGACGGACGACUGCCGUCGGAAGCGUCGGGGACUGUGACAACGACAUGGUGCCGCUGAAGCCAGAUUCAUGUGUGGUGGCCGGCCAGGAUUCAGGGGUGGUAAUGGUGGAUGAGAUGGUGAACCUGCACCCCCACCAACUUUCAUUCUCAGAGGCAAGCCUCCGCCUUUUCAUCACCUCGCAUUUCCCCCCCUUCACCCGCCUGCGCAUGGCAGGACGCAUGGUCAUCAACGAGAGGCAGAGGCUGAUUCGGGCUCGAGUUGGCCCAGAGGAGGGAGGAGCCUCGGGGGAGGAAAGUUCGGGUGCCAACGGAGCGUGGGGGAGGGAGAACGGGACGAUGGCCGAGGGAGACGCGCAGCCGCUGGAGGGAGAGAGGGAGAGGGGUAAAGAGGUGGGGGGGGAGAGAGGUGGGGGAGCACAGCCUAAAGAAGAGGAGGAUGAGGAGGAAGAGCAGGAGGAAGGAGAGGAGCAGAGCGCUCCUUUCAAGCCUUUCGUCCUGCCAGAUGGUUGGUGUGAGCGUGUGAAGUGGCUGCUCUCGUGGCCCGUGAGCAUCCUGCUUCACUGCACCAUCCCCGACUGUAGCCUGCCGCGGUGGGAGCGCUGCUACCUCCUCACCUUCCUGUCCUCCACCCUCUGGAUAGCCCUCUUCUCCUACCUCAUGGUCUGGAUGGUGACCAUAAUCAGCUACACACUUGGAAUCCCAGAAGUCAUCAUGGGCAUCACUUUUCUGGCAGCCGGCACCAGUGUCCCUGACUGUAUGGCCAGUCUCAUCGUCGCCCGACAAGGGAUGGGUGACAUGGCUGUGUCCAACUCCAUUGGCAGUAAUAUCUUUGAUGUGCUGCUGGGACUGGGCUUCCCCUGGGCGCUGCGGACUCUCAUAGUCAGCUAUGGAUCAGUGGUGACCAUAAACAGCAAAGGCCUGGUGUAUUCAGUGAUUCUGCUGUUGGCCUCAGUCACACUUACUGUCCUGUGUGUCCAUCUGAACUGCUGGAGAUUGGAUCGAAGGCUGGGAUUCUGUCUCAUUCUGCUCUACGCCAUCUUCCUUAUGUGCUCCAUCGGCUUCGAGAGGCUGUAGAGGACACACACACACACACACACACACACACACAGUCAUACUAAAGGAUGCACAAACAAGUGAUCCCUACGGUGGCCGACAAGUAUAAACGCGCUGCAAACAAGAAAACAAAUGCAAAAAGCAAACGCUGCAUGGAGCAGAUGAGUACAUGAGAAGAAGAAAGUUAUAGUGCUCUACAUGUUUAUACAUCUAUUGUCUGUCUCUCUGGUGGAAGGUCAGCACUGCCCCUAGAGGCCUGGAGCACUUCUGUUGUAUGACUGGAGAGGCAGCGUUUUCUUUUUGCAGCUGUUUUUCUAUAUGUGGCACGUUUCUGUUUUUGCAGCGCGUUUGUACUUAUCGGCCACCGUAGGGUCCGACUUGUUUUCCACCUUCACUGCUGCCAUUAUUAAUCAACUGUACAGACGGAUGAAUUUUCGUUUCAUGUCAGGGUGGCUCUUUGAGUAGCAGCACUGCAACAACAGUUGCCUGAAAGCUGCAUUGUUUACCUUUGAUAAACAAGUAUUUUACAUAGUUUUGUACCAAGCACCUCCAGCCCAGAUUUUGCGAAAUCAAAGCCAACUGAUAACACUCUAAGUCUCACAACAAAUUUAUAAAGUGCUGAAUUUGUAUUCUUAAGCUGAAAAUAUUGUAUAAGGAACCCCAAAGUGUGUUAGUUUACUUAUUAAUACUUUGACUGCCACAAGUAACCUCAAUGACCAGAUGAUCAUACAUGUAAGUUUAUAUAGUUGCUUCUCAGUGCGUGCAGUUAUUUCAUGUAAAAUUUAAUGUCAGGUUUUUAUCGCACCUUUGUCUGUACUUGUACGCAGUAUAGCAUGGCUGAUCAUCACGCUCCAGAUAAUUGCACUAAGCCACUGUUGUCUUGGCCUUGUACAGAACGUAGGCCUCCCUCAUUCCUAAAAGCUUCUCAGCACUGAGGUGGUGUUUUUGUGCUGGAACACAGGAAAACUGUAUCCCAACAAGUUUUUGAACGUCGGUGUUUGGAGAGACUCCUUGCGUGUAUGUUGUUGAUUGCAAUUAAAACGUUUGAUUCUGUAAGGUUUCUCUUGUGCGUCUCAUGACCCACAGUCUAACGCCCAUUCAAAGCCUAAUCU